AAACAUAUUGUCUUUAAAUCUUGUUCAAUUGGAUUUGAGUCAGGUGAUUGACUGGGCCAUUCUAAUACCUUGACUUUUUUCUCUGAAACCAAUUGAGAGUUUCCUUUGCUGUAUGCUUUGGAGCGUUGUCCUGCUGGAAGCCCCACUCAUGUCUCAUCUUCAUCAUCCUGGUGGAUAUCAGCAGAUUCUUCUCAAGAAUCUCCCGAAAAUGGAGGUUAUUCAAGGUUCUGAACUAACCAACAUGACCAUUAAUGACAGCUAUUAUGACUAUGAUUAUAACAACACAAAUUGCUGUGGAGUGGUGUGUGAUCAGAACACAAGUAUGCAUUUUGAAGCCAUCUUCAUCCCCAUUCUGUACUCUGUUGCAUUUGUGCUGGGGCUGAUGGGUAACGGCCUGGUGCUGGUUGUGCUGUGCCAGAAGAGGCGUACAUGGAAUGUGACAGAUGUCUUCGUUCUACACCUGAGCGUGGCCGACAUGCUGUUACUCCUCACUCUGCCACUCUGGGCAGCGGAUGCAGCGACUGGAGGGAUUUUUAAUACCGGUUUCUGCAAAUUCUCUGGAGUGGUGUUUAGGGUCAACUUCUACUGCAGUAUCUUCCUGCUGGCCUGCAUCAGCCUUGAUCGAUAUUUUUCUGUAGUUCAUGCAGUGCAGAUGUACUCACGCACAAGACCAAAGCAGGUACAGCUCAGCUGCCUGGCUGUUUGGUUCUUCUGUCUUCUUCUAUCCAUUCCUGACUGGAUCUACCUGGAAGCUCAACAUGACUCUAGACGAGGUAAAUCUGAGUGUACUCACAUUUACACAUCUUCCACAUUGCGUCUGCUGUCACGGGUGCUCUACCAUGUGUUGGGCUUUUUGCUUCCCGCCAUUGUUCUACUCUACUGUUACUCUCGUGUUCUGCUGCGGCUACAGUCCGGAUCUCAGGGUGUGCAGAAGCAAAGGGCUGUACGAGUUGUCCUUGCCUUAGUGAUGGCAUUUUUCAUCUCCUGGACACCCUACAACAUCACCCUGCUGGUGGACACUCUGUACACCAACCAAAGCAGCAAUAACACAACCUGUGAAGCCACAACAGCGCUGGACAUUGCCUUAACUGCCACCUCUGUUUUGGGCUACCUGCAUUGCUGUGUGAACCCGGUACUCUAUGCGUUUGUUGGAGUGAAGUUUCGGCGCCAUCUGUUGGACUUGAUAAAGCCGUUCAGAUAUAGACUGCAAACCCGCGUGGAUACAGUGUCUCGUAAGAGCUCUGUGUGGUCAGCAGACACAUCACAAACCUCAGCUUUCUGAUGGAGCAAUACACACUGUCCUGAAGUGAAUUUGGAUUCAUCUAGAGGUUUGAAAACCACAAAAUAUUGAGAAGAUCUAUUAGCUGAUUAUUCUCAGGAAAACAGGGUCCAAAAGUCGAGUCUGAUACCCUAUCGAGUCUACAUUAUUACCAUUCCAAACAUAACACUUUGUUGUCAAAUCAUUUUCCUCAAAGAGUUAACUAAAAACUAACAAUAACAAAAAUAACUGAACACAUAUACUAAUUGAGUUGUAAGAAACAAUCAACAGAGUGUGAAGUGUACAUGUUACCAUUUGAAUGAAGGACACGAGAAAGUGAAUAACUGAAACAUAUGCGUGAACAGAUCUCUUUUUACUAGACAUUCUCUCAGAAAAAAAGCCCAAAUGUUUUAAAUAAUGUAUUCAAGAAAAAUAAGUAGAAAACAAUAAAAGUUUGUAAUUAGUUAUUUUUAGAAUGGAUGAAAGCAGAGUUUUUGAUCAACUUCUGAUCAUAUGUUACUGGUCUUAUUAAAGUUUUAUUCAUGGAUGAAAUAUAGAAACCUCAGGGAAGUACAUGGUUAAUCCAUUUAAAUAGCCAGUGAACUCUGGCUCAGUGCCAGUGUAGAAAGGUUUAUAGUGUUUAAGCUUGAUUAAAUUAUUUUGGAUGGUUCUGUUUAACUGCGAAAACUGAAAGGCUCCUUAGACAACUAAAUAUUUGUAGAUUAGUCGAAAUAUACCAUGGUUUCUUUUCUUUUUCUCUUCAUUUAUUUCUUGUGUCAGUAUUGUGUUUGCUAAGAAAGUAGACAGAUUACUUUCAAAUUAGUCAAAAAGACAGUUUGGUAAAAGGGAAGUAUUUCGGAAGCUAACAGUCUUUUUCAUGGGCAUGACUAAUUUAAUUACAACAGGAAAUUCAAAAAUGAACUGGCUGCAGCCCUUGAAGAAAUAGCAGACUGAAUGGUGACACUGCAGAAGAAAAAAAAAAAAAGGUUGUACAUUGAUGCAUCAUUGCUCUAAGGAGGAAUCGAACAUCUUUAAUAUUAUCAGAAACAUGAUAAAAGAUUGAGUCAAUACAAUUCUGCUUAAAGUGCAUACUGGACACAUGCUAGAUCAGGAAGUACCUCAUUUUGUAAUGCAAUAUUUCUGCAUGGAAAUGCAUCCCAAUAUGUUUAUUAUUAUUAUUAUUAUUAUUAUUAUUAUUAUUAUUAUUAUUAUUAUUAUUAUUUGCAUAAGCUCAUGAGCACCUGAUUUGACAAGAAUUAGAUGCUAAAUGCAUCAGAACGUCAUGUAAAUAGCUUUUUUUUUUUUUUUUUUUUUUUUUUAAA